UGAGAGUUCACUAGAAAGUUAUAUUUCGUUCAACAUGAAGACAUACAUAGUUCUAUUAAUUUUCGCGUAUUUUGAUUUUUCAGCUGCAAUUAAUGCAGCAAUAAACCCAGUGGAUGUUGUCGAAAGUGUUAAAUUCUACCUCUAUACUAAUCAAAAUCCGGAAGAACCACAAAUAAUCAACUAUAAUGACGAUUCUGUAGCCGUGUCCAAUUACGAUUCUUCACAUAAGACCAAAAUUAUUAUUCAUGGAUGGUAUUCAAACUACACGAGAGUUCCAAACCGUCCUAUAAGAGAAGCAUAUUUAGUAACUGGAAGCUAUAAUGUUAUUUCUGUUGAUUGGAGAAAAUAUGCCAAUAUGGAAUAUAUAACAGUCGCAUCGAAAGUAUUACCCGAAGUAGGCGCAGCAGUUGCAAAAUUAAUUGACUUUUUGUAUACCAACUAUGGAUUAAAUUUUAAUGAAUUGGUUGUGAUUGGACAUAGUUUGGGAGCACAUAUUGCUGGUUUUGCUGGAAAACAAGUUAAAUUGGGUAAAAUUGAAGCAAUUGUUGGUAUUGAUGCAGCUCUUCCUUUCAUUAAUGUUGAUGAUCCUUCACAACGCUUGUCAAUAACCGAUGCAAAUUAUGUUGUAACAAUACACGCAACGAUAGGAAAAGAAGGUAUUAUAAAACCAGUUGGACACACCGCAUUUUAUCCAAAUUGGGGUCGGCGUCUAGAAGGAUGUGGCGUUGAUACAUUGGGUCUUUGCUCUCAUAAUGCAGCUCCUCUAGUUUAUGCGGCUGGAGUAAGAGGUUAUUCAUACGCGCCCAUUUAUCAAUGUAGCUCAUUUGAAGAAAUUUUGGAAGAAACCGGUUGCAAUAAAGAAGUCGAUGUACAAGUCGGAGAUCCUUUGAUUGUAAAGAAAUUACCAGGAAUUUUCUAUUUUGAAAUUAAGGAUGCUUCAAAGCUAGCACUUCUCUUUUAAAGAAGUUUCUUCAUGUUUUAAUCAAUAAUUUAUUGUUACUUAAUAAUACAUAUAAUAUGCAUUUUAUAUUAAUACUUGUGUAU